AUGGAGGUGUAUCCAAGACUGACUUAUUACAAUGAUGUACAAGAUGGAGCAGCUGUAGUAACGAAAACUUUGGAAUCCACUGACCACUUUACUCCACUGCAUAUCCCUCCAGGCCCACCUAUAUUCCCAGAGAGAUUUGAGGAACUAAGGAAAACAUUUCAGCUAUGCAAAUCAAUCUUGAGAGGAAGUCAAGAACCUAGAGGAACUGAGCCUAUGCUGCCUGAAUAUCACAGAACAUAUGAACCACCUCACAAGUUUACUCAGGGACCCUGCUGUGAGGAGGACCCCAAAAAUGUUCCAUUAAGGUGUGCAAAGUAUCUAAAAUAUAAGACACCAGGCGCUCUACUCAUAGAAAACCGAUUUCGUCCUUUUCAUCCUUAUGUCCAUGGCAACACUGAUAUCCAAGGUGGCCUCAAUAAAAAGGAAGAUGCUAAUGAACCUAUCUAUAGAGAAGCUGUGACAUGUUCACGUCAUGUCAUUGAAGGAAUCGGUCACCAAGAUGAAACUCCUAAAUCAACAUUCCAGCCUUCAGAACCUGAUCUUUCACCUCGAGCUGCCAAUAUACUAGAAAACGUAAAGAAGGCUCUUUGGCUAUCUACAUACAAGCGAGACUACACGGGUAGAGGGCGUAUGAACCCAUUGCAGCUGGAUGAUUAUAAUGCCAAAUUAAUUGGCAGAGCAACAGGAGAACUGGGAAAAAAUGUGGAUCUUAAAGAAUCCCUUCAUUCAGCAAUGUCUCAAGUAAGGCCCUUGGAAGGACGCAUUGCCCGCCUCCUUCAAGGCAGGAUCUCAAAUCAUCAACAUCAGCAUGCUACAGAGAACUAUGAGUCGCCACUUCAUUCGAGAGACCAUUGCAGCAUAAACUGGCAUUCAGAGGGAAUGCAGAAUAGUGGGAAAGCAUCCUUGAGUCCCCUUCAGCAGGAUACACAAAACAAAGCAAGUCAAAGGGACAAUUACCUGCUCAACAACUGGAUUCAUCCUGAAACAGCUUGCCAGGAAGAAAACAGUCAAGAUAAAAAACUGCUCUCAAACAGAUUUCGGAAAAUUACGGAUACCUGGAAAACAGAUAAAUUGUACCGCAGGCAACUUACAGUGUCACCUGAACCAGAACCUCUUCUAAAGCCUGCCAGAUCCAUAUACUAUGAAGAUUUGCAACCCUCCCAUUUAAACAGAUAUAUUGUGUGGCAUAAUCCUGCCAUUCUUAGUAAGCCCGCCUCAACUUCAACACAACUGAAGUGUGAAAGGUGUGCUAGUAAACCAGAUUCCGAAAGUGCUUCUAAUGUCGGAGAGUUUGUAACAAGCUGCAAUCCAUCCUCAGACUGGAUGCCUAAUUGUGGGAUGGUUCGACCUCAGACAAAAUUACUUGAUAUCCAGGAUUCUUUUACAAAGGGAGAAGCCAUCAAGUACUUGAAUGAUCUUACAAGGCGAGGACUAAGAGACCUGAGGGAUCAUGACAGGUACGGCAGAAAGCAUAAAUUCCAGGGCAUCCAUGCUUUCUUUUUGUAAUAAUUCAUCUUCAAAAACAGCAGAACUUAUAAACACCUCAGCCACAGACUCCACUACUGAAUUGGUCUUUUUAUUUUUUGUAUUUUUCUCUUAGUUUAAUUAUUUAUUAUUAUGGAAUUGUUUCAAUAUCCUCUAAUGUAGGGAUGGUUUAGAAUACACUGGCAGGCCUCUGUGAUGUGCAGUAGUCUGCCAAAAUUGCAUAUUCCCAAUACUUUAUAAACUCCAAGUAAAGAAAUUGCUGUGCUUAACUGUUUGUGUCUUUCAACCUCAGUGUUCCUAUUCUGUAAAGUAGGAAUAUCACUUAGCUGUCUUUAACCACGCUAUCCACUUUUCAAAUAUUGCAUCAGAAUCCUUGUUCUAUAAUAAUAAAAUGUUGAUAAUUGAGUUUUGAUAAUUGAAUUUGAUAAUUCCAACGCCCAUAUGAAAUCAACCCGCCCUACCCUGAUCACAUGACAUACUAGUCAAGACUUGCUAUUAUGAGCAUUUAAACUAUCCUUGCCCUAGUGGCAUUAUCAUCAGGGAGCAAACUUAUUUUGAAAUGUCACAUUUAUGAACAGGAAAUUGCAAGUUUAAAGUAACUGAAGCUGUUUCAAAUAUACAUUGUACGUUCUCUCUUUGGAGACAAAUUUUGCACCUUCUACAUUUGGUCAUAUCAAUUUGCUGGUUGGCAUAAAGGAUCUUAGUUACAGAACUGACAGCACUCCAGUAUUAAAAGGUUUUAAAACUGCUGACUGCAGAACUAAUAUUUUGGAAUUGUUCAUAAGCUGCUAAUGAACUUGACUGUAUCUGGCAAACUCCGUAUGUGCCAGAGGAUUUGAAAAUGGAAAUGCUGUCCAAAUAGGUGAUAGGCAUUGGAUUGGAUAACCUAUGUUUUAGAUGAAAUCCCGAAAAAGGUACAUACUUUUACUUCCACAGCAUACUGUGGGUAAUCUAACUCUUCUCCUUUCCUGCUAAGGAACAUUUUUUUUCCUGCUAAGUAUUCUGCUAAUGUGGAUUUUUUGUGAUUUUCUUUUCUCUCGAGACUGAUCAAAGUAAGAAAACCUAUGCCCUCCAUACAUUUUGAACAACGAUCCUUAUGGAUCUUACUGAUUGGGUAUAUAAGAAUUGCCAUCUAUAAUUCCAGAAGGCUCCAAGGUACAUAUUUCUAAAAUAGAUCAUCACUAGAUGAAAAUAAAUUUUCUAGUGGUAUGGGUUUGAGCCUGUAUACUUAUGAGUUGUCUUGAAGGGAAAA